UGAGUCCGGCUGAAACAAGCCGAGUUAGCGAUUCUGCUUUUUCCACGAAAAUAUAUAAUCAGUUGGCAGAUAAAUUACACACCGAAUUAGAGAAUCACGUAUGAUAAUACUCACGCUUUUAUCCAGUUCUUAAUAAGCGUUAAUAAUAACGGAAAGAAACGGAAACAACCCGUGAUGCUCCACGGAAGAAUUUAAGCGACGGACAAGAUGGACGACUAAUGUGGAAAAGUGCAACCAGGCGCAGGACUUUUAAAACUUUAAGUUGAUUUAAGUCUCGUUUAUCGUCAAAACAACUCAAGUUUUAAAGUUUGUUAGUUUCCCCACAAAUUACAGAUUAUUGGAGCAGCUGACAGAAACUGUGACGCAACUAAAUCCGAGGUUUUCUAACAGCAUCAUGGCGCUGUCGACAAAUCAAAGUUUCCCGGGUGAUAUUAAAGUAACACCUCCUGAAGAAGAAGACGUGGUUACAAAAGAUGAAAUGUCUCCGUGUGUCCUCGGACAGACCAAAGCCUCCGCCCCCAGAGAGUUAACCCCGGAGGAGCGGGACAGACUCGGCGGGGAGCGGACUGUGGUGUCCGACUUCAAACUGAUGAAGCUGGAGAAAGACGCGCAGAAGAACUGGGACCUGUUUUAUAAAAGAAACACGACCAACUUCUUCAAGGACAGACACUGGACCACCAGAGAGUUUGAAGAGCUCAAGGCAUGCAGAGAGUUUGAGUCUCAGAAGCUGGUGCUGCUGGAGGCCGGCUGCGGCGUCGGGAACUGCAUCUUCCCUCUGCUGCAGGACGACCUCAACAUCUUUGUUUACGCCUGUGACUUCUCACCACGAGCUGUUGAGUUUGUCAAACAAAACCCUCUGUACUGCCCCGAGCGCUGCUGUGCCUUCCAGUGUGACCUCACUAAAGACGACCUGAGGGAGAAUGUGGCCGAAGGCAGCGUGGACGUCGUCACUCUCAUCUUUGUGCUGUCGGCCAUCCACCCCGACAAGAUGAAGCUGGCGUUGCAGAACAUCAGCAGGGUGCUGAAGCCCGGAGGCAUCGUCCUGUUCAGGGACUACGGCCUGCACGACCACGCCAUGCUGCGAUUUAAAGCCGGCAGCAAGCUGGGGGAGAACUUCUACGUCCGCCAAGAUGGAACCAGGUCCUACUUCUUCUCUAAAGUCUCCUUCCGUCUGCUUCCAGAGUUCCUGGCUGAGCUGUGUGUGGACGCCGGCCUCCAAUCUGUUUCUAACGACUACGUCCUGAGAGAGACGGUCAACAAAAAGGAGGGGCUUUGUGUUCCCAGAGUGUUCCUGCAGAGCAAAUUCACCAAACCCAGCUAGUCACAGAGCUCCUGAUGUCACUCAGCCUCAUACUUCUACAAACAGGUGGACAAAUACUGUUUGGGAGACACGGGAGGUUCAGGGAGAUGAAGAACUCCUCCGACGACUAAUCAACUGCUGCCUUUUGUUCCUUCGCCAGCAGAUGGCGACAGUGUUUGAACUGAGACUCUUACAGGUGGGAAUAUGUGGAACUGUGUGAACACUGAAGCACAAACUGUUGUGCCUGGACGUUAGCUGGACACAGAGCGAAUCUCAGUGAACAGUAUUUAUCCGUUCAGAUCAGUUUAAGUUUCAUUUCACAGCUGUCGUCACUCUGAUCGGCCUGUCGCGUCACCUGGAGACGUUUCUCUGUCAGCCUUAAAACUUCUCCUGUUUUGAUGCCUCCUCUAUAAUUUACUGCGUCCCUUAUUUAUGUGAUCUUUUUAAUGAGGUGUCUUAACAUCAUCAGCGAUUGUCAGAUCCGACCUCCUGCUGCUGCUCCUCUCUGAUAAACAUAAAUAUGAAACAGAAAUCACAGAUGCUCUGCGCUAACGUGUGCUCUUGCGGGCGAGACCAGCAAAAGCACGUGAACACACAUGAACGCGUUGCCCACGUCUCACGGUCUCGCGCAAGCGCACACGUGAGCGUGGUGCCCAGAGAGGCAGUCAGAGCUACAGGCUACAACGAGGCUAAAAACAGAGUUCAAAUGAGGUUUUUCCAAACAACUUUUUAUGUCGGGGCUUCAGGACACUUGGAUCACUACGGACGAGCAGUAUGGAGAUAUUUUGUGGUUUCAAUGAUGUGUUUUUGGACGUUUGAAUCUGGGGCGCCGUCAGCCUCCAUUAGGUGGAGUUGUGUUGCUACCUCCUCUCCCCUUGGAUCUCUGCAAGUGAUGUGAGGACUCUAAAACUUCACCUGAGCCUCCCUCGGCAUAUGGUGAUGGAUUAAUCUCCACACACCCACAGCA